CGGGCGGCAUUAAAACCUCCAACCCCCGUAAUUAAACUCCGAUAAGUGAAAAAAAGGCAGGGCAGAAAUAACAGAAGAAAGGGAAAUAGGGAGCCUUAAAAAAUCAAGACCUAAGUCCUCAAAUCGGUGAAGCAGAGGAGCAAUCGAAUUUAAUGGCAUCGUCGUCGAGCAGUGGACUGACUUUCAAGCUGCACCCGUUGGUGAUAGUUAACAUAUCGGAUCACUACACGAGGGUCAAAUCCCAGAUGAACCACGGCAGCGGCAGCGACCAACUACAGCAGACGCAGCCCGCUCCGAGGGUUUACGGAUGCGUUAUAGGGGUGCAGAAGGGCAGAACCGUCGAGAUCUUCAACAGCUUUGAGCUACUUUACGAUCCCUCCACUCACUCCCUCGACCGCUCCUUCCUUGAGAAGAAACAAGAGCUCUAUAAGAAGGUCUUCCCGCAUUUUUACAUACUGGGAUGGUAUUCUACUGGGAGUUAUGCCCAGGAGGCUGAUAUGCAUAUCCACAAAGCUUUGAUGGAUAUUAAUGAAAGCCCUGUUUAUAUUCUUCUCAAUCCUUCCAUCAAUCAUGCACAAAAGGAUUUGCCUGUCACCAUUUAUGAGAGUGAGCUGCAUGUCAUCGAUGGGGUUCCUCAGCUUAUUUUUGUUCGUUCUAGUUACACUAUCGAGACGGUAGAGGCAGAAAGGAUUUCUGUUGAUCAUGUUGCACAUCUUAAGCCAUCUGAUGGAGGCUCAGCAGCUACUCAACUGGCGGCUCAUCUUACAGGGAUUCACAGUGCCAUCAAGAUGCUGAAUAGCAGAAUUCGGGUACUCCAUCACUAUCUUGUUCUAAUGCAAAAAGGUGAAAUUCCAUUUGAAAACUCACUUCUAAGACAGGUAUCUAGUCUCCUAAGAAGAUUGCCUGCCAUUGAGUCACAAAAAUUUCAAGAUGAUUUCUUGAUGGAAUACAAUGACACUUUAUUGAUCACUUACCUAGCCAUGUUAACCAACUCCUCAAGCACUAUGAAUGAGUUAGUUGACAAGUUCAACACCGCAUAUGACCGACAUAGUCGAAGAGGUGGAAGGACUGCCUUUAUAUGAAAGCUACUAAGCCUUGUAUGGGAUUCCUGCCGACUUGACAAAGCUCGAGUGCUGCUGUUUUUUCAAUGUGCAUAGCACAUAGAAGCCACAGAUUUUAUAGUAACUGAACGGCCGAACCUGCAAAAUUCAAAAAGAAAUAUAGAUGCAAGAGUUAUUAGCUUUAAUAUUUUGGCUUUGCCUAAUAUGCCAACUGUUCUUGUCAAAAAUUUCCUUUGUUUGGAAUGAUCUUGAAAUUGAUGUGCUGCAAGCUGUGCUUUUUUUUAUUCCAAUACCAAGUUGAUUAAUAUAGGUUCGA